AUGGCUCUAGAGUGGAUCUACGGUCUUCCCAUCACGUCCAAGGUUGAUGUCUAUAGUUUUGGUAUGACGCUCUUGGAAAUAAUUUCAGGCCGACGAAAUCUAGGUAUGAACUGGCAAGUUUCAAGCAAGCAUUACUUUGCCUCUUGGGCAGAAACCCAAAUUUCUGAGGGGAAUAUGAGAUACAUUGUGGAUGAGAUUGUUGUACUUGUAGAGGAGACAGACAUAGAAGAGAUGAAACGAGCUAUUGUUAUUGGAUUGCUAUGCAUAGAAGGGGAAGAGGAGAUGAGACCAAGCAUGGAACAAGUGGUGCAGAUGCUGGAGGGGAAGAUGGAUCCUCAAACUCUGUAG